AUGCAAGCGAACAGCAGCCGAUCAACGUUAAGCGCACAAUCCUCGGGCACACCGUCGGCCUCAACGAUAUCCUCGUCACAGGGCAAGCAACAAGUUGUCGAACUAUCUGGAUAUGUUAUCAUUCUCGUUGAGAAUGCGGAGGGUAAAAUUAAAUUAUAUGGCUCACCGUCCGAUCGCGAUAAUCUGGAAGUGGGCGAUGAGAUACUCGAGGUUAAUGGCCUGACCCUCGAUAAUAUAUCGCGCACCGAGGCCAUACGUCACAUCCAUGAUUGCAUCAAAUCCUGCACAAUUUGUUUGCGUGUGCGCAAGAAAAAUGAUUCCAGACUGGCUUGGGAUAUUGGCAACUCGGUGCAGGACGCGUUUGUCAUCGCCGUCGAGGAGCACGCGAGGGAGCGUCUACAGCGAUUGGCGGCCCUGAAUCGCGUAACGCCCGUGGAUAUAACACAGCUGUCGAAAAAGGUAAGUGCCAAUCAGGUGCAGUCAACUUAAUAAUGUUGAGUGAUGCCAGAUCGUCAGGAUUGAGGAAACAAACUUAAUUAACAAGUGCCUAAACUUGCAUAUUAGCUGU